AUGGGGUAUAAUUUCAACAACCAAAUCUCCCAUUUUUCUGUUAGGACCUUGUCCCUCAGCUUCCAAGGCUGCAGUAUAGCUCAACUCGUGGGUUUCUCCGCUGUUGCAGAUCGGCUGGUGCAGGUGGAUGCUGGUGGAGACGUGUUUGUGGCAGGGGUUAAUGCAGCACACUCCAUCUACUGCCUGAAUGGCAGGCCUGGGCUACCCCACGCAGGCCAGUCUACAGCCCCUUGGCUCCAAGUCCCAGGCCGGCUCAAGUACUACUCCUGCGGACCUUUUGGUUGCUGGGGAGUGAACAGUGCAGGAAGAAUCCAAGUCAAGCUGGGUAUAAGGGAGCAAAACUGCAAGGGCUCUGACAGGUGGUACCCCAUUCAGGGCUCCCUGUCCAUGGUGGAGGUGGGCACAGACGGCAGUGUGUACGGGGUGAACAGGAAUGGAGUGGUCUUUAACAGGGUUGGUGUCAAUGCCUGUAAUCCUUUUGGAAGACAGUGGAAGCCCUUGAAGGGGGUUUGUUUAAGCCAGCAUGUAUCGUAUGACAAUGACGUCCUCUGGGUCGUCUGUAAAAAUGGAAGUAUCCAGACGUGCAAAGUCUAGGGGGCCAUCUCGACUCUUAUCUUCUGGGAAAACGUCCAUGAGCUGAGCCAAAUCGGAGUUCAAUCUGAUGUGUAUUAAUAAACUACUAUUGAGGAA